CACUAACCGCAGGAUGAGACUUCAAGUCACGAGUGCAAUCAGCGAAUCAUCCUUCUAUACGGAGUAGGGAAGCAAAGGGAUGAAGCCAGGCACCAGCUGAAAAAGAUUAUCAAGGAUAUCCUGAAAGUACUGAACAAGAAAAGUACUGCAGAAACCACUGGUGAUGAAGGUCAAAAAUCGAAGAGGACCAAACAGGAAGCCCCUCUAACCCUUGAGACCAUUUAUGCCAAACUUCAACAGCUGUCCUAUUUCGACCAACACCAGGUGACAUCUCAGAUUUCCAGUAAUGUCCUGGAACAAAUCACUAGCUUUGCCUCAGGAACUUCAUACCAUCUGCCUUUGGCUCACCAUAUCCAGCUCAUUUUCGAUAUGAUGGAGUGUGCCCUUAAUAUCAAUGGCCUAAUUGAUUUUGCUAUCCAGUUACUGAACGAACUGAGUGUAGUGGAGGCGGAGUUGUUGCUGAAAUCCUCGAGUCUGGCUGGGAGCUACACCACAGGACUGUGCCUGUGCAUCGUGGCCGUGCUACGACGCUACCAUUCUUGCCUCGUGCUCAACCCCGACCAGACGGCACAAGUGUUUGAAGGGCUGUGUGGGGUAGUAAAGCAUGUUGUCAAUCCUUCAGAAUGCUCCUCUCCCGAAAGAUGCAUUCUGGCCUACCUGUAUGACCUUUAUGUAUCUUGCAGUCACUUAAGAAGCAAGUUUGGUGAUCUUUUCAGUAGCGCCUGUUCAAAGGUUAAGCAGACCAUUUACAGCAAUGUGCAACCCUCCAACUCCAAUUUAUUGUGGGAUCCAGACUUCAUGUUGGAUUUCAUCGAGAACCCAUCAGCUCAUAAUGUCAACUAUUCCAUGCUGGGGAAGAUUCUUAGCGACAAUGCCGCCAACCGCUACAGCUUUGUGUGCAAUGCACUGAUGAAUGUAUGCAUGGGACAUCAGGACACUGACAGAAUCAACGACAUAGCUAAUCUCUGUGCUGAGCUGACCGCAUGCUGCACUGUGUUAAGUUCUGAAUGGCUUGGUGUUCUUAAAGCUCUUUGCUGCUCCUCAAACCAUGUCUGGGGAUUCAACGAUCUGCUCUGCAGUGUAGAUGUGAGUGACCUUUCGUUUCAUGAUUCUUUGGCUACAUUUAUUGCCAUUCUAAUUGCACGGCAGUGUUUCUCACUGGAGGACGUGGUUCAGCAUGUGGCGCUUCCCUCGCUUCUAGCAGCAGCAUGUGGUGAUCCAGAUGCGGAGCCAGGGGCCAGGAUGACAUGCAGACUUUUGCUGCAUUUGUUCAGGACACCACAAGUCAGCCCUUUCCCUCAGACUAAUGGUAAAUCGGCUCCUGGAAUCCGCUCAUCCUGUGACCGCCAUCUUUUAGCUGCAGCACACAAUAGUAUAGAAGUGGGGGCUGUGUUUGCAGUUCUGAAAGCGAUUCUAAUGCUAGGUGAUGCUGAAUUAGGCAGCAAUAAUGUUAAUUCUUCCAACACCGAUGACUUCACAGUGACCAGUCUGUUGGCCCCCAUCAGUAUCCUCGAUGACAUCACUGAUGAUGACGUUCUGAGUUCCACCAAAAACCCCAAGUCAAUCCGACGAGCUGUUUCCAUAGAAACGGCCAACCUGAGUGAAUAUGCCAGGUUUGUGCUCAGGACCAUUUGCCAACAGGAAUGGGUGGGGGAACAUUGCUUAAAGGAGCCUGAGAGACUGUGUACAGAUAAGGAUCUAAUACUCGACCCAGUACUCUCAAACAAACAGGCACGACAACUUCUACAGCUUAUCUGUUAUCCACAUGGCCUUAAAGAAUGUGUGGAAGGAGACAAUCCUCAGCGUCAGCACAUCAAGCACAUCCUUCAGAAUUUGGACCAGUGGACUCUGAGACAGUCAUGGUUAGAGCUCCAGCUCAUGAUAAAGCAAUGCAUGAAGGAACCUGUGAGGCAAGCUGAAUUUUCCUGUCUAGCUCACGGGUCUGACAUGGCCUUAAAUCCAGAUUGUGAUCCUGGAAUCGGCUGUGACAAGAAUGCAGACAUAAGCUUCCUAGAGGUAGCUGAUGAUGAAGCCACCCCCAGCAGUCCCAAUAAUUAG